UGAUGUCACUAGGGUCUAUAACCGCAGGAAAAAGGGUGAAAAUAAGGCUUAAUUGUAAAUGUUUUAUUAAUUAAUUAUUAUGUGUAAGUAUAUCCAGUAGUUACAUAGCAGUUACUUAGUAGUUUAGGCAGUUAUUAUGUGUUAUAUUGUACUAAGAAGAAGGAAAAAGGGGCCGUUUUUUCUGUAGGUUUUUCUCUGGCAGAUUUGGAGGUUAAGGUUCCUCAAAAUACCUUGGUUGUUAGAUGUAAUGAAGUUCUUUCUCUAUUUGUAAAACUUAUCCUAUUUGUUGGCAGUAAAUAAUAGUUGAAGUGUUGCUCUUAUUUCUGUGUUGUGUUUGGAAGUCUACAGAUUAAGGUUAGCAAAGUUUCUGGGUUUCUAACAAUUUUGGUAUCAGAGCCUUCAUGGUUUCAACCAGAAUGGAGGGAAGGAUUGAAGGGUUAGAGAAGACAAUGGACGAAGUACAAGAGGAGAUUGGUUCAGUACGUAAUUACCUGGGGCAGUUACGGGACUGGAUGCAAAAAAAAAAAGAUGAACAUGACGCUGAAAUUCUUCAACAUAUGAAAGGAAAAUCAGUGGUUCAGGAAGAUCCAAUUAAAGACGUAGAUGUGAUGGCAGAGAACAGCAGCAAUCGUAGAGGAGAUGGAUUUCGAGAAGUUCAGCCACAAUUUCGUGGUGAAACGCAUCCUAGAAGAUUGGAACUUCCUUUAUUCUCUGGUGAUAAUCUAUAUGGGUGGCUUAACAGAGCAGAACGUUAUUUUCAUUUUAAUGGCAUUGAUGACAAGAAUAAAUUGGAGGCUGUUGAUGUUUGCCUUGAAGGUAGAGCCCUAAAUUGGUUCUAGUGGUGGGAGACAAGAGCGUCGAUUGUCACAUGGGAUGUGUUUUGAGUAGCGAUACUCCAACGCUUUACACCAUCACAGUCAGGGAACUUAUAUGAGGUUUUGAUAGGAUUGCAACAAACUGGAAGCGUGGCACAAUACAGAGAAGAUUUCGAAUUACUUUCAGCACCUUUAAAAGAUGCCGAUGAUGCAGUUUUGAUGGGAAUUUUUAUAAAUGGUUUGAGAGAGGAGAUCAAGGCAGAUUUGCGUCUUAGCAAGCUGGGAACUCUAACCCAGAUUAUGGACCAAAGCCAGCGUAUUGAAGAGAGGAAUUGGGCUCUCAGCCAAGCCCACUUGCCAAGACAUAUGCGUAUGGCGCUUUCUAGGGGUUCAAUGCAGUUUCCAGUGACUGACAAUAGUCGAACAGGAUGUUUUACAAGUUCCCCUGUGCGUGUAGCCACAACACCCUUUCAUUCUGCCCGUACAACAGUUACCGCCAUACCACGGCAUGUUCAAGAGCAAAAGCGAGGAGAAAUUGAGCAGCCAAGACCUGAAACUUCCUGAAACUUCUGCAAGGCGUGGAGGAGCAUACAAAAGGCUAUCUGAUGCAGAGUAUCAGGAUAAAUUAAGAAGAGGACUUUGUUUUCGAUGCGGUGAAAAAUAUGGUCCCAAUCACCAGCGCAAUUCAAAACAGUUAAAUCUGCUUAUUGUAGCAG